ACAAUAAUGUUUAUAUACCGCAGUUACCACCCGAAAAGGAUUAUCAUGUGUUUGUUUGUUACGCUAGCGAAAACGUAAACGAAGUUCGUAUGAUCGUGGAAAAUUUGGAAAAGGGAGGCGUAAAAUGUUGCAACCAUGAAAGAGAUUUUACUCCUGGACAUGGAAUAUUUGAAAACAUGGCUGACAAAAUCAAUGCAAGCCUACAUAUGCUUGUAGUCUUGUCGGAAGACUUUUCAAAAAGUGACUUUGCACAACAUGAAUUAAAAGAGGCAAUACAUCAGGAAAUUAGAGAAGACUUCAGUAUUAUUCCUCUGAAAAUCGAACCGUGUGAUGUACCAGAUAUACUGAAAAACAAAACAUACAUCGACUGCGAAAACGAUGAUAUCACGAACGUUCAUCACACAAUCAUCGGCGCUCUUAUUGAUAAUGGACUAAAAACACAACUGAAAAAAGAUGCAAGUGGGAGAGUGAUUUCAAUUUCACUGUCUAAGAAAUCUGAAUUCCUAUCACUACCACGAUUCAAACUGGAAUGCGAUCGAGAAAAAAGAGUAGAAAUUAUUAGGAAGACGAAGCUAACAGGUGAAGAUAUUGAAUACAUCGAGAAAAUUGCAAACCAAUCAUUAUAUAUGAAAGGCCUUCACAUCCGCAUCUUCUUACAACGAAUAACGCAUUUGAUCAUCUUUUUAUUGCUGCUGUUUUGUCUGGCGGUUAUAAUGUUGUUAGCCUGCACAAUGCUUGGUCGAUCAAAAGAGGAUAGUGCUUAUGGAGGGUUUGUGAUAAUGCUUGUUAGUAUCUUAAGCCCUAUUUCUGCGCUUAUUUUAUGUGUGGGAUGUUUUUGCUGGGAUGUUUCGACAAAACCUAAACACUUUAUGGAAAAGGCAACCAAGGCCGUUCAAAGGAAACUUUGGAGUUUUAACAAAAACUGGCAAGAUAAAGAUGCGAUCGUUGUCUUCCGUUCAACACUCUUCACCCGCUUGGACACACCAGCAACAAUGAACAUAAUCGUUAUCAAGUUCAGCAGAUGCAAGGAUCUUUUUAUUCGCAAGUGUGCACAAAGAGAGGAGUAUCAAAAACUACGCCGUCAUGGGGAAUCACUUAACGAGUACGCCGAUCGCAUGAUAGACUGGCUUUUGUGCUCACAGGCCAUCUAUUUGCUGGAUCAACCUCGACUGCCACUUCAAGGUGGACAUCGUAUGAUAAAUGGCGCACCGUGUAUAUGUCUUUUGUUAAGAGAAAGCUUACUUCGGUAAAGCGUUUCAUGUUUUCCUAGGUAAUACGCAACUGCGUACGGAUAAAAUGAAAUACAAGCUGGUAAUCUCUAAACAUAUCAUGAACGUCGUGGUUGGCAUUUAAACUAACUUUUAUGUAUGAAUGGUGAACAUUGAUAUAAUCAAAUGAGAGGGUUGAAUGAAAUAGACUUAACACAUUAGUUCUUUUAGAUCCGAUAUCAUUUAUAAAUGUCAUUCUUUGGACCAGUGUUUUCUCGACAGACAUAAUCGGUUGUUUGAACAAUUCGUAAAAGAAGGUACCGUUUGAAUAGUCGCCGACAGGAUUUAGUCGGAGACCGAUUAAGACAAUGCCUCCUAGUGAGCCACAUGCCAUAUUGGCGAUGUGCAGGCAGCGGUUGUUCUUCAAAGCUCUGUGAUCAAAAUAUUUUUAAGGUUAAACGAAAUAAUGUUACAAAAUACAGGCACAAUGAAGGUAAUAUGAUGCCUUUCAAAUUGUAUGGACCAUCGAAAACAUUCAUCGAAACGUUUUGUGUGGCGGCUUUAAUGUCUUAUUGACGAUUAAUUGAUUGAAUUUGAAACAAAAAACAUGGCGAAGAUCACCGGUAUACCAUAUUUACUUUGAAAACAGUAUACAUAUGUAAUUGUUUUGAAUACGUGUAAUAAAACAU